AAUAACUUUUCUCAUCAAUUAUGUUUUGUUACUCUUUUCACUUCUCUUCUUCUUAUUGUCUUCCCCACUGCCACUAUUAUCAACAACCCCCUUAAAUAUAUAUUUGAGUUGAGAGUUAACCAAAAAAAAAUACCCUCUAGCAAACAAUGCUUUUUGCUGUGUUCCUUGCAUUAUUUCUUCCUUGUGUUGGCAUGAGUGUUGUUUUUGUAGUCUACAUGUGUUUUUUUUGCCAUGCCGCAACAACAACAAGGCAACAACAAUCUAGUAAUAAUCAUCAAGAACCUAUGAAGGGUAUUAAUGAAAAGGGAUUAUCUUCAGCACAAUUGGAUAAAUUGCCUAAAGUUCCUGGUCAAGAAUUGGUGUUGGGAAAUGAUUGUGCUGUUUGUUUGGAUGUAAUUGAUAAAGAACAAGUGGCAAGAAUUGUACCAGGUUGCAACCAUGGGUUCCAUAUUGAAUGUGCUGAUACUUGGUUGUCUAAACACCCUGUUUGUCCUAUUUGUCGAAGCAAACUUGAGACAGAGCUGUUUGAUGGUACUACUGAAAGCAAUCCUUGUUGAAAAAGAAAGGAGAUUGGGGUGUUUUUCACUCUUUUUUUUUUUCUCUUACAAUUUGGUAUAAGGUUGUGCACCUAAUUUAGGUGUUCUGGGAUUGUGAUUCAAUCAAGAAAACAUUUUUGUUUUGUU